AUGUCAAACCAGGUUCUAAACACAUGCGCUCGUGCUCUUGGAAAACGGCCAACGGUGCCUCGAGGGAGAAUCGCUGCUCUAUCCAGUCCUGUUCGAUUGACGAGCACAACUCCCACCAAUCCGCCAGAAGUCUCGUCCCAGGCUAGUAGUUCAACCGCACCUCGUCUAUCCUUUGGAAUCGGUUCGGGAUUCUUCAACUCUUCUCGUUCAUCGUUUCAGCUCUCGCGAACAUGGCCUACUACUCCCGAAUCGGCUGAGCUACGAGUGUUGUUACUCCGUCGGGACUCGACUGUGAAUGCCAUCUACGAUGCAUACCUGAGGCUCAUGAACAAUCCAUUCCACUUGCCGUUACCCCGUACUAUGCAUCAACCUACAGCCCGACCAAUUUGUCAUUCGACAAGAAACUCGCCUUCAAGAAGUCAUAUUCCAGAUGCGAGCCGACGGAUCCGAACCGACACUAGCAGACUACCAUUUCGUGUUGGAGCAGAUGGCAGCUAUGGGUCACCAGCGGGGGCGUACAACGUUUAUUUGGAGAUCGUCAAGUCGGAUCACAAAGUGACCGAACGCACGAUCGCACUCGCCCUCCUUGCCUUGGUCCGCCGGCAUAAAAUGUGGAUUUUCGAUGAUCAUGUUGCGGCUGUAACCGGAGAAGCGUAUGGAAUCGCCGAGAGGCUCGUGGGGGAUCUCCUGGCGCUGCAAAAAGAUUUGACAGAGCCGAUUUCCCCAAUGUGUUUGGAUCUGGCAUGUCGUUCUUUCAAGAUCACUGGGAGCCUAGAAAAGUUCAUGGAAAUGCUCAAGAGGGGCUAUGGUAUUGACAUAUCACAGCCAGACCACCUUCCGGUCGAGUUUGUCGAACGAGUACAGGCGAUACAAAAAGCGAUAGCCAAUAAGGGAGGUGGGGCGCCACUGUUUCCUGUUCCAGAUAUUCCAAAGUUUAGCACUCAUACGCUGAACACGACACUUGACAUGCUUGGGAGAUCGGGAAAAGUACGGGAAAUGGUUUCCGCUUUUGAAGUCUUGACGACCCCACUUCCCGCAAACGCACGAAGAGACAGAUAUCAAUAUGAUACUUGGGAAGACGACGAGCCUGAGAAGGCUUCAUCUAACCCUGCUUCGACUUCUCCCCGAAAUUGGCUGGCCAACUAUGUUCCUUCUGCAUCGCCCAAUACCGCUAGUCUCUCGUUUAUGAUCAAGCAUACAGUCAACUUUGCCAAGUUCGAUCUGUGUAAACACUAUCUCCUGCUCGCCAUUUAUCUCGAUAGGGUUUCCGACUACAAUCUCCGCCAGCAACUACGGUCAGUCCUCCGCGCCCGUCAAGAAGACACCGCAGCCGCUGAGCUCGAGCUCAAUUCCAAACCCAAAUUGCCUCCCUCGCCAAAUGAUACGAUUCCAUAUGUAGACCCUCCGAUCGACAUACCGCGAGUGGCCGUCUCUUACGAAAUGUUCACCAAAGUUUGGGGCCUUGCAAACCAAAAGGCGCAUAUGCGCACCUUACGGGGUCUAGUGCGAACGGUCAGACGAGUCAUUCGACGGAAGCGCAACGAUAUUUACGUGUACAAUAUGGUGCUCAAAGCAGUCCCCUCUCUCGCUGCCCCUAUACCAGCUCUACCUGAAAUGGAUAGUGAAGUUGAGGAACUGGCAGAGAGCGAAAUACCUACGUGGAUACACAACAUGUUGAAAGAACGGGAGCAAUCAUCAAGACCGCGCCGCUUCUCGCUCGCCGCGCAUACAGAGAUGCUCGAGAAAGAGACGGAAAAAUUGGAGAGCUUUUUGAGUCAUAGUGUACGCGGCAGAGAUCACACCAGCGCACGAAUCCAGGCCGAGAUGGAGAGGAAGCAAAAACGGAGAGAGGAGGCGAUUAGAGCAGCUGAACAACUAGUCAUCGACGCACAAAAGGAAAAAGAAAGGCAGAAAGCGAAAAAGGAGAGCCCCGAUGAUGCCGAGCUAUCAAGCCCACUCGCUCCUGCAGUUUAA